AAUUAAAUUCUACGUCUCCGCCCCUUUAAUCAGAUUGUCCAAUCACAGGUGAGAAUCGCGCCUAAUUUCGCGGCGCACCGACUGAGUGGAUAAUUACACCUAUUGUUACCUUGCAUGAUUGACAGUCGUGCAUCUUGGCAGGACUGGAGGAGACAAAAGAAAACUCACCAUUAUCUUUUGAUUUGAUAAGUAAAAGUUAUUUGUCAAAACAUUCAGUCUUACCUUAUUAGGACCCAGUACCGCCACCUUACCACAAAAUCAACUCCGCUGCGAAUCUUACAUCACCUGAGUGAGCGAAAUUACACACUCGCUACCUGUCUCCUUAACGAUGCUCCUAUUGCAGGGGAAUCAUUAUUCCUCCCAGGGAGCUACAACAUCUGCACCUAUGUAUGAAGAAGACAUUAUCAGCCAAAGGGCCAGGGCAUUUCCGUUGAGCCAUGGACUUAUGCCCACCCCACAGGCUUUCAGCUUUGGAUUUCCCGUGCAUCCCGCACACGACCCCAUGGGUCUUGCUAGUCAGAGUCAACAAUUCGGGGGGUAUCCUCCACUAUCUUCCCAUUCCGACCACAAGCGGAUGCUGGGUCCCGGGCAGGGGGAUACCAUGGACAAAAAUAUCAAAAUAACGCUAGAAAACAGAGAUCUCUGGAGCAAAUUUCACGGCAUAGGAACAGAGAUGAUAAUCACCAAAACCGGAAGACGGAUGUUCCCCACUCUGAAGGUAAACUUGGAGGGAUUGGAUCCGCAUUCAAAGUACAUUCUUCUGGUGGACAUCGUUCCUGUGGAUGACUGUCGCUAUAAAUACCACAACUCAGAAUGGGUGGUGACCGGUAAAGCUGAGCCCCACAUGCCGGGGCGCCUGUACAUCCACCCAGACUCCCCCGCUUCCGGGUCUCACUGGAUGAAGCAACCCAUGACCUUUCACAAACUGAAGUUGACCAACAACAAUCUGGAUCAAAAUGGACAUAUAAUUUUGAAUUCCAUGCACAAGUAUCAACCCAGAGUUCAUGUGGUGCAAGCCAAUGAUAUUUUCACAAUGAGGUGGAAUUCGUUCAAUACGUACGCAUUCGAAGAAACUGUCUUCAUCGCCGUAACGGCGUACCAGAACGAACAGAUCACACAGUUGAAAAUCGACAACAAUCCCUUUGCUAAAGGUUUCAGAGAUAAUGGCAUGGGUAGGAGCAGAGAUCAUCGGUUGAGUAUGAAGCGCCCAGCAGGUGAAGAAAACAUUUCAGAGAUUGGAAAAGAUAACUUCUCAAAGAAAAUAAAACUAGAGGAAGAAGGAAACGAACGGAAAGUCUCGGCAAGAAUAAAAUCUGAAGAUGAGAGCGAUUCCAUCCCUCCAACCCCUGAACCUCACCACACCGAUGUACUCGACGGGGAUCUUCAACCUCUCCAUGCAAAGGCAUCUCCAAUCAGCGGAAGUGCGAGCGGUCCACUGAAAGCCACAAGUCCCACGCAAAGUGCUAACCUGCAACAGACUCACUGUCAGUACAUGAGCAGUGCCGCAAAGUCUUAUUCUCAGUCGUGCAUGGCGUCAUCUAAUGAUCAAAUUUAUUAUCCACACCACUCUCCCAUUAACCGUUCGUCACCUGCCAGUUCGUUCUUGCCCGUGUCCACUACUUCUGGUCUGCUCCAACCGGUGUCGUCAAGUCUGGAUCUACACAGCAUCAAUCCUCAAAUGCAGUCUUGUCGUCUGCCGCAACAGAGCAACGAUUGCGCACUUCGUCAGCCAUCCGGGCAUUUAUCAAGCAACCAUAGCUAUGGAAUUCGCACAACACCUCCAACCCAGCACCCUUCCUUGCCAUCCUGUACCUACAUGCAACCUACGCAACCAUACCCCUCCCAUCUGACACCAAAUGUUCACAUGAUGAACAUGAAUUUCACUGGUCCCAUGGCAUGAACAUUUCGUAGUUAAUGAUGAUCAUGAACAAUUUCUGGAAAGGUUAAAUUGAUACGUCAUAACAAGAGAGCGGGCUGUUCGCGUUGAGCAAUUGAAGCUUAUGAAAGCAUAUCGUGCAAAAAUAGUGACUUAUGUGUGAUGUGCCCGCAACAUUAUAUGAGGGUAAAUGUUGUUUAUACAUAUUAUGUAUAGAAACAAUUGUUAAAUACAUGUAGUAUGUUCAUGUUUAUUUAUAACAACCUUUGUAAAUUACCCUGGAACUUUUGAGAAAUCCUGUGAAUUUCACAUGUUGCACCAAUCUAAAGGGUUUUAUCAUUCUUCUUUUACGCAUGAUUGAAAUGGUGCUAGUACUACCGCGGUACAAUAUUGCAUGUUUGUUCAUACAUAUGUUUUAAUACAGAUUUCAAAAAAAUUAACCAAAAUUAAGUGUUACGUCUUUUUG